AUUAAUCAUCUCCUUUCUCUCUUUUCGCAGAUUCUAACAGGAGUAGGCUGCGUUAAGCCCCCAAUCUCGUCUCUAUCCGUAAGCAAUGGCGGCAGCGGUAGCAGCAUCAGUAGCUGUGAAUGGUGCGAAAAUGGCGAUGACAUCGCAGGCAUAUCUGGAUAGCAAGCCCGUGAAGGAGACGAGAGCUCUGAUCUCAGAGCUCUGCCGCCAUUUCUACACCCUCGGAUGGGUCUCCGGCACAGGUGGCAGCAUCACCAUCAAGGUCCACGAUGAUUCCAUUCCAAGACAUCAGCAGCUCAUCCUCAUGUCCCCUUCUGGUGUCCAGAAGGAAAGGAUGGUUCCGGAAGACAUGUAUGUGUUGUCUCCAAAUGGGUCAGUCUUGUCUUCUCCAUCUCCAAAGGCGUACCCUCAUAGGCCUCCAAAAUGCUCUGAUUGUGCUCCUCUCUUCCUUAAGGCAUAUGAGAUGCGUGAUGCUGGAGCUGUUAUUCAUAGUCAUGGGAUGGAAUCUUGUCUUGUAACAAUGAUUAAUCCAUUGUCAAAAGAGUUUCGAAUCACGCAUAUGGAAAUGAUAAAAGGAAUUAGAGGGCAUGGUUAUUAUGAUGAGCUCGUGGUACCCAUAAUUGAAAACACUGCACAUGAAGGGGAGCUCACAGAAUCUCUUGCUGAAGCUAUUGAAGCCUACCCAAAAACAACGGCUGUUCUUGUUCGAAACCAUGGAAUUUAUGUAUGGGGGGAUUCAUGGAUCAAUGCUAAAACUCAGGCUGAAUGCUAUCACUAUCUCUUUGAUGCUGCUAUCAAGCUUCAUCAAGUAGGCCUGGACUGGUCUACUCCAAAUCAUGGUCCCAUUCAGGUUGUUAGAGGAGUUUUAGGAGAUGGUGGGAACAUAAACAUGUCUGUGAAGGUUGGGACUCAAAAUGCAAAUCAUGAAAUUGAGCCAUCAUGGCGUUGCAUUGUUCUUGAUAUUGAAGGGACUACUACUCCCAUAUCAUUUGUUAGUGAUGUUCUUUUUCCAUAUGCCCGUGAUAAUGUGGGGAGACACUUGAGUGCAACAUAUGAUACUGAAGAAACUCAAGAAGAUAUUAAGUUAUUGUGCUCUCAGGUUCUAGAUGAUUUAGAGCAAGGAGUUGUUGGUGCUGUGCCCAUCCCGCCUCUCGAUGCUGGGAAGGAGGAGGUGAUUGCUGCUUUAGUUGAAAAUGUGGAAGCAAUGAUCAGAGCUGACCGGAAGAUAACAGCCUUAAAACAAUUACAAGGUCAUAUAUGGCGAACUGGAUUUCAGAAUAAUGAAUUAAAGGGAAUAGUUUUUGAUGAUGUACCAAAAGCUUUUGAGAAAUGGCAUGCUUCUGGUGCAAAGGUUUAUAUAUAUUCCAGUGGUAGUAGGUUGGCACAAAGGCUUUUAUUUGGGAAUUCAAACUUUGGGGAUUUAAGAAAAUAUUUAUGUGGAUUUUUUGACACAACAGUGGGGAACAAGAAGGAGACUCAGAGUUAUGUAGAAAUCGCUGAGUCAGUUGGAGUAGAUAUGCCAUCAGAGAUUUUAUUUGUGACAGAUGUCUUUCAAGAAGCUGUAGCUGCUAAGGCGGCAGGUUUGGAAGUGAUAAUUUCUGUCAGACCAGGAAAUGGACCUCUUCCAGGAAUUCACGGGUUCAGGACAAUCAAUUCCUUCAGAGAAAUCUAAUAAGAGAAGAUACUUUUCUUCUGGAACCAGAAAGAGGGUUUAAAAAUGGGCAAUGUUGUUCCCAAAUAAUGUUAAAGUGUGACAUAAUUAUACACAGAAAAUGUAUAUGCAUAUAUGGUCAAACUUUUUUCUACUUUAAACCCAAGUGUCAUUGUUCUGUUGCUACUCUUCCCUUUCCGACCCCUGUUGCUUGUUCCUGUUUUUUGGCAUCUCAUUUUCAAUCAAAGAUAUUUUUUAUGAGCCA